AGUUCGUAUUCCGCUGCAACAAAGCGAAUACGAGAAAGCAGAAUUGUUUCUGUUCAAAAUGGCACAGACCGAGAGCUACAUCGAUGAGUUGAAAGUGUUGACGAGGAAUAAGGAUCGUCGAAUGAACGAGUGGUUAAAGAUCGAGAAGUCUAGUCCGUUGUACAGAUUGACACCAUUAAUCGACGAGAAUGGGUUAAUUCGAAUGGAGGGCCGUGCCGAGAAUGCUGAAUUUCUAUCGUUUGAUCUGCGUUUUCCGGUGAUUUUGCCACAUGACCAUAGAAUCACGAGGUUGAUUGUACAGCAUUACCAUGAAAAAAGUGGUCACGGAUACCGUCAGGCGGUUAAGAACGAGCUUAAGCAGCAGUUUCAUAUUCCACAUAUCGACGCAAUUGUCCGAAAGGUAUCGUCAUCUUGCGUAUGGUGUAAGGUUCAUCGUUGUCGUCCUGAAGUCCCACGGAUGGCUCCACUACCGGUGCAAAGACUUACACCAAAUCUACGACCGUUUAGUUAUGCUGGCGUAGAUUAUUUAGGACCAUUUGACGUGACAGUUGGACGCCGCUCGGAAAAGCGUUGGAUUGCGCUGUUUACUUGCCUAGUAACUCGUGCAGUGCAUUUGGAGGUGGCCUGCGGUCUAACUACACAAUCGUGCUUAAUGGCAAUACAUCGAUUCAUUGGACGUCGAGGUUGGCCGAGAGAGUUUUUGUCCGACAACGGAACGAAUUUCCAAGGGGCAAGUAAAGAGCUUGCGAGAGCCGUUCAAGCAAUAGGAGCUGACUGCGCGGACGAACUCACAAAUGCAAGAACGAAAUGGACUUUCAAUCCGCCUUUAGCUCCUCACAUGGGAGGCGUUUGGGAGCGUCUGGUUCGUUCUGUAAAGGAAGCGCUCACUGCACUAGAUGACGGAAGAAAGUUAACGGAUGAAAUCCUGCAGACAGCGAUCGUCGAAGCGGAGGACAUGAUCAAUUCGCGUCCUCUUACAUACGUAUCGGAGCAGUCUAACGAGGCAGAGGCUCUUACCCCGAACCAUUUCUUGCGGGGAUCUUCACCAAAUCAGCCAUGUGUACAUCUUCCCCCACCUCACCCAGCCGUAGCACUUAGGGACGCCUUUCAGCGUUCCCAGCAGUUGGCUAGUCUGAUGUGGGAACGAUGGAUUAAAGAGUAUGUGCCGUCGUUAAGUCAAAGGACCAAGUGGUUCGAUGAGUCCAGAGUGCUGAAAGUCGGAGACCUGGUGUACAUCGUCGAAGGCAACAACAGAAAGUGUUGGGUCCGCGGGGUAAUCGAGGAGAUUAUACCGUCAUCAGACGGCCGAAUUCGACAAGCGUGGGUACGCACCAACAGUGGGCGGUACAAGCGAGCAACAGUGAAGCUGGCCGUGAUGGAGAUUGGUAACUCUACGCUGGAUGUAACAUCCGGAUAGGGUUACGGGUCGGGGAAUGUUCUGGCACCACUGGCCAACAUAAUGUUGCGUCGUCAUCGGUGAGAUGAAGUAGCUGUCAAAUGAUGUGAUAGUGAAAGAGAGAGGGAAAAUAGAUACAAAAGUCAAUAGAUAGAACAUAAAACUGUAAACAAAUAUGUACGUGAAAGUUGCUAGAGAGUGAAUGUUGAUAGCGUGGAAAAUUCAACUUAUAUAUUUAAAGGUAGAAAGGUCUGGAUUGAGUUCAGAUUAGAAUAGAUCUAUACAGAUAAUUGCCAGACGGGUUUAAUUUGGAGAGUUUCCUGGAUAAAAACACAAAGAUAGUGUGGUUAGGAGACAAGUAAGUUGAAAACAAUGAAAAUAGAUUAAAAUGAAAACGCACAAUUGUUACAAAAACAAUUUACCAAAUUGCAGUUCAACAAUACCAAAACGAAUACAACGGGAAGAGAAGGGAAAGAUUCGAGCAGAGAAAACAAACAAUUGUAAGUAGUAGAAGUAAGAAUGAGAAAUUUCGAAUAAUAAAGUGAAUUUUAUUUAGUUUGAUCUGCAAAUACAGAAUAGCAGAUUUCCGAAAAUAUUGUUUUCAACUGUCGUCCGAACAGUAUCAUAAAUUGAAAAGUAUCAAUCGAAAAGGUGAGUGGAUUGAAUAUUUAUGAGGUGAAAUCGAUCUAUUUCGUGAUUUAAUACCGGAUGCUAUCAAAAUUUUCGCAACCAAUGUUUUUUUUCGUCAUUUUUAAAAUGUCUACCGAUUUCGGUUACCGGCACCCCAAGGUGUUCGGUUACCGACAGCUCAUUUUUUUCGACAAAUCGUCCAAAUUGUCAGUGAUAUGAAGAGAUGCCAAAUCUGCAAAUUUGUCUGUAAAUUAUCAAAUCUCGUAGUUAACACGUUAACCUUUUCUUCGUCUGAAGACUUUUUACAGACUUUUGGAACUUCGAUUUUUUGCAGACAUUUGUCAGAAUUUACAGACUUUUGAAAAUUGGCGCAAUCUUUUUGUUUUCGCUAGCUAAACUUAUUGUUUUUACUAGCAUCUCCGGCGAUAUGUAAUACGUGGAUAAAUUGACAGUUUCAAUACAUCUGUCAUAAAAGUAAGAACUUUGGUUCUUUGGUUCUGUUAGCCAUGGCGACUUCAAACAAAUCGUACAAAUCAAAGAAAAUUAG